UUGCCUAAAGAACAAAUACAUCUGGCAAUAUAACAUCAUCUUUCUUUUUGAAAAUAAGCUGCUUUUUUGAUUUUAAAGAAAUACAACAGGUUGCACUGGCAAGCAAAAAUUAGAAAUGGCAAAGGUGCUAAUGUGUUCUGAUCAUGAUGAGAAGCUUAAACUGUUCUGUGAGACUUCUCAGAAGCUGGUGUGUGUCAUCUGCAGGGAUGGAGACAAACAUGCAAGACACAUCUUUAAACCAGUGAAAGAAGCUGCGCAGAUCAACAAGAUGGUGCUGAAGGCUGCUUAAAAUUUUCUUGAUAAAGAAAAUGGACAAUUCAAAUCCUUGAUCCAAAAACAGAAAACUGAGAUCACCAAAACUGAGGAUGAAUCCAAAACCUUAUUAGCAAAGAUCUCUGCUCAGUUUGAAGAAAUGCAUCAGUUUUUACGACAAAAAGAGGCCGAGGUGAAGAAACAGUUGGAGAAGGAGGAGAAGAAAGUUACAGAAGUCAUGCAGAAAAACCUGUCCCUGAUUAACUUAAGGUUUACAGAGAGCAAAAGGAAUGACGAUAUUCUGCAGCCAGCCUUGGAGAUUGAUCAGCCCGAUCACUUUCUACAGUGGUGGAGUGAAACAGGAUUUCCACAGACAGGGGCCAUGCAGACAGACAGGGGGACACCCUCAAAUACUCAGUAUAUGUCAAAGGUGAAUGAUCUUAUUGUACGCACUGGUUCCUUCUUUCUUGGCCCUCAUGAAACUCACCUGCAGUUCUUUGUGUGGAAAGAGAUGCUGGGAUCCAUCAAACCAGUUCCUGAGAGCUUGACCCUAAAAGAUCCUAGAAGCACAUACUUAAAAGUGUCUCCAGGGGGCGCUAGAAUACGACAAACCGACAGAGUAACAGUUCUGUAUAAAAACUUCAACCCUGGUACAGUUUCAGAGGAAAACUUUCAAACUGGCCAGCACUACUGGGAAAUAGAGGUUGGAGAAAAGCCAGACUGGACUGUGGGAAUUAAAAUGGAUGCAGAAACACAGCUGAAUGCAGCAAAGUCAGCUGAGAGUGAGAUCCUGCUCCACCUUAAACACAGUAAAGGAUACGUUCUGACCUGUGAUGGAAAGGACAGUACAUUGAAUACUCGAGACAAACCACAGAAAAUAGGGCUGUAUCUGGACUGUGAGAGAAAGCAGGUGUCGUUCUAUAACGCUGACAACAUGUCUCGCUUGGCCCAGAUAAACUACAAACUAAUGAAGCCUUGCUGUCUUACUCUGGUUCCAGGACUUUAUCUGGAUGGAAUAAACUGUGAUCCUCUCACUGUCUGCUCGUACAAGUUUAACACUGGGAAUCGCUGA